AUGUUUUCAAACGGAUGUAAGAGAAAAGCUGUGGAAAAUCUGUAUACUAAACCAAGUAAGAUAUUACGAACUGAAAUUUCUGAAAAUAUAUCUAAUUUACAAACUAUCACUACUGAUGAUAUAUCACUAGUUCGACGUAAUAUUUAUAACGCCCGUAGAAAAAUGGUGCCACCAUUACCUAAAACAAUGGAAGAAUUGCAAAAUAGUAUAAGCAAUUUAAAUUUGAAAACGGACCUCAAUGAGCAAUUUUUAUUAAUAAAUGAUCCGAACUGUCAUAUAAUAAUAUUUUCAUGUGACACAAAUUUAAAAGUUCUAUGCGAAUCUGAGAUUAUAUAUAUGGAUGGAACUUUUGAAUAUUGUCCCAAGUUAUUUACGCAAUUGUUUUCUUUGCAUGGUUUAUGCAAUGAUCAUUAUAUACCACUAUUAUUUGCAUUACUUCCAGACAAAAAAACUUCAACUUACGUAAAUUUAUUUAAAAAUAUCAUACAUUUGUGUAAUGCACGUGAACUUUCUCUAAAACCAAAUUUAUUUAUAUCUGAUUUUGAAGAAGCAAUUCAUGUAGCAUUGAGACAAGUCUGGGAUGACACUAAAAUAUUUGGUUGUAGAUUUCACCUAACUCAGUCGUGGUAUAGAAAAAUUCAGGAAUUAGGAUUAUCCAACGUAUAUCAAAACAAUAAAACAGAAGAAAGCAAGUGGCUAAACCAUACAUUUGGGUUGCCAUUUAUUUCUCCAAAUGAAGUCAGUAACUGUUUUAUUGAAGAUUUUAUGUCAUCGAUUCCUAAUGACAUAAGAUUUCAAAAAUAUGCCGAUUAUUUAGUUGACACAUAUAUCUGUGAAGAGGCUAAAUUUCCACCAAUAAUUUGGGCUGCGAAUAUCGCGUCACUAUCUCUCACUACUAAUGCUUGCGAAUCAUAUCAUUCACGUUUCAAUUCCGAGUUCUAUCACCCACAUCCUACUAUUUACCACUUUUUGGAUGUACUGAAAGGAUUUCAAACCGAAACAUUGAUUAAAAUUAAAAAAAUAGUGCACAGCAACACGCUGACGGUCUAUAGAUUAUAG